AUGGACCAAUCAUUCUCGAAGCGUAUUCGGCUCAACUCAUAUUUGUAUCGUACCCGUAACCGUAUAGUGGAGCAAGACCAGCUAGAAGAAAAUAAUACCAGUGAAAGAGAAAAUGAUAAUGCACAUACGCCAGAUGUUGGUGCUACAUCCUCACACGACAGUUUUCUUGUGGAACAUGAUUAUGUUGAAGAUGAUCAUGAAACUACUGAAUACGCUGAGGAAGAAGAGGCUGUAAUCGAUUAUCUCGAAAGCUCUGACGAGGAACAAGAAACAUCAAACGAACCAUUCUCCGUAAAAGAAGCUUUGCAAACGUGGGCGGUGUCUACAAAUCAAACAUAUGAUUCCAUCGAACAAGUCAUGGGUAUAAUCGGUAAAGUAAGUACUUGCAAAUUGCCAAAAGAUGCUAGAACUUUGCUAAAAAUCAACCGCAAUCGCUCUUCGGAAAUUAUUACCGUGCAAGGUGGACAGUAUUGGUAUCGUGGGAUUCAAAAUUGCUUCACCAACGAGUUAAGCGAUGUAAACUUUGAAGCUGAUAAAACAAUUUUACUGAACGUGUCAAUAGACGGAUUGCCGAUUGCCAAAAGCAACAAUCUACAAUUUUGGCCUAUUCUAUUUAACAUUCAUGGAACGCCGGAAAUACCAGUCAUGCCAAUUUCAAUCUAUUGUGGGGCAACAAAACCAGCCAGCAUAGAACAAUUUCUCCGACCUUUUGUAGAUGAGGUUAAUUUUCUCACAAAAAAUGAUGUGUUUGUAAAAUACAAGAAGUUUAACAUCAAAUUACGUGCUAUUAUCGCCGAUUCUCCUGCAAGAGCAUUUAUAAAAGCAUUACAUUGCUGUCUACAGAAGUUUACAAAGAGCAUUGGCCAUUAG